AAAAGAGACAGUUAAAGAGUUGCAGGACAUUGUCUUAAAACAAGAAUGGUACUCUCUGUACCUCUGAAAGCUACUUCUCAUUAACCGACAAUCUCUUCAAACACCUGUCUCCUUCUUCCUCUUCUUCCUCACUGUAAUGUAACAGUCCUGAUCUUCUCUGUUAAUGGGGCUUUGCUUGCUCUAGAAGGGAGUUUUUUUAUUCUUGGAUAAGGAAAGAAUGGGGAAGACAAGCAAAUGGCUUCGCAGUUUCUUGAUCGGAAAAAAAGAUCACAGAGUGAAAGAGAAGGGGACGAGUCCAAGCGAGAGUAUUUCUCCGGCGACUCCUAAGGAGAAACGGCGAUGGAGUUUCAGACGUUCCUCGGCCACGGCUCCGGCCAAUUCCAGCCCGAGAGAUUCUGCCGUGGAGGCCAAACCACAGCAGCCACCGCCACCGCCACCACAGACGGUGGUUACGGUGGUGGAGAGUGAGGACGAGCAGAAGAAACACUCUCUCACCAUGGCUGCAGCCACGGUGGUGGUGGAAGAGAUCGCGGCCAUGAAAAUUCAGGCGUAUUUCCGCUCCUACUUGGCGAGGAAGGCGUUAAGAGCGUUAAAAGGAAUAGUGAAGUUGCAGGCUCUUGCGAGAGGGCAUCUGGUGAGGAAACAAGCCACGGCUACGCUCCGUUGCAUGCAGGCUUUGAUCACAUUACAGGCUAAGGCUCUUGAACAAAGGAUCCGUAUGAUCGAAGACCCAAAACCCUCCAUUCCGAGAUCAUCAACUCACGGGAAUUCAUCUCAAGAAACCCGAAUCAAGAACAGUUACCAUUACCAUGAGAAAGACAGAGUUCUUGAGGAGAACAUCAAGACUGUCGAGAUAGACGACGACAUUCAAUCUAAGCAAUACUCUCCAGCUCCUUCAGCCAUAACCGAGAUGAGUCCCCGGGCCUAUAGCGGUUAUUUCGAGGAUUACAACUUCACCACAGCUCAGAGCAGUCCUCAGUGCUUCAGAUUCAAAGGAGAUUAUUACAAGAGAGAUUCCUUGUCUUCGUAUGAUUACCCUCUGUUCCCAAACUAUAUGGCGAAUACCGAGUCUUCUCGGGCAAAGACGAGGUCUCAGAGCGCUCCCAAACAAAGGCCACCUGAACUAUACGAGCGUCAGCCGAGUGGACGGAGAAGGGUUUCCAUGGAAGGUCCAAGAAAUGGCAUCCCGAGAGCGGUAAGGAUGCAGAGAUCGUCGUCUCAUGUGGGUUCGACUGUGAUGGCCAAAGAUCAUCAUCAUCAUCAUCAUCAUCAUCAUCAUCAUCAUCAGCUUCAGUACUAUCCAUGGAUGGGGAUUAAGCUCGACAGAUCUAACGUCUCCCUUAAGGAAAGCGAAUGUGGAUCGAGCAGUACGGUUAUGACAAACAUAAACUACUGCAGAUCUAUGGUUGGAAGCGAUGUUCAUGGAAACAAGUAGUGAGUGAUUUAGAAUCAAGAGUGGCUUAAAAGAUUCGCUUCGGAUCAGACAUUAGCAUGAAACAUAAGACUUUGGGGUUUAUGAAAAUAGCAUCGGACAAAUAAUUUCAAGUUGAAGAUUUGAACAAAUAACUUCCCUGUCAGGAUAUUGAAUUUUGUUCUUGAAGCCUUCUUCUUCUGCUUUAUA